CAGAGUUCCUUAGGUUGUGUGAAAGUGGUAACUGGAGAAGUGGGUUCUCGUGGUGUAUGGCGCAGAAGACCGACCAAAUGCUACAGAUGUGGUUCCCCCGUCUGGAUGGUGCGCAGUGCCAUUUGGAUCUGGAGGCUCAGGUGUUCCGCGACGGCGAUGUGAAGCUGGAAACGCACGACUCGCGUCCCGGGAGACUUGAGGUGGAGCGGCUCCGUGAGACCUUGGCAUCCAACGAGGCUCGCUUCGGACGGCGACAUGCCGAGACGCUGAGUGCGGUGACGUGCCUGGCGCAGUGUCUGGAGGAAGCGGGGAAGCUGAAGGAAGCGGAACCACUCUACCGGAGAGCAUUGGCAGGUCAAGUGGCACAGCUUGGAAGUACAGAUCCUUUGAGUUUGCGAGCGACCAGGGACUUGGCAUGUUUGUUGGAAGAGCAGGGGAAUAUCGAUGAGGCUGAGGCUCUUUGUUGGCAAGGCAUGGCAGGGUGUGAAACUCAGCUGGGGGCAAUGCAUCCAGACACUUUGAUCUCGGUGUUUGACCUGGGACGUGUGUUGAAGAAGCAGAAGAAGCUGGACACCGCGGAGCCGCUUUUGCGACAAGCGUUGGCUGGGCAAGAAGCUCAACUUGGAGCUGAAGAUGAAGCAACACUCGCAUCUGUGGAUGAACUCGCAAGUCUACUGGAGGAUCAGGGGAAGCUGGAGGAGGCUGAACUUCUCCUGCGGCGAGCCUUAAGUGGUCGUGAGGUGCAGCUGGGCAGCGUUCAUCCCAAGACGUUGACCUCGGUGAACAACCUUGCGGUGUUCCUUCACAACAAGGGGAAGCUGGAAGAGGCGGAGCGCUUUGCUCGUCGCGCCGUGGCCUGCCGCAGCACCGCGCUGGGCGCCGCGCACCCGGAGACGCUGUGCUCGGUGCACGGCCUGGGGCGGGUGCUAAGGCAGCGGCGGAAGACGGAGGAGGCCGAAACUUUGUUGCGGCGAGCUGUUCUCGGUCGAGAGAGGCAGCUGGGAGGGAUGCAUCUCAGCACCUUGGCCUCGGUCCAUGAACUGGCCAAGUUGUUGGAGGAAAGGAACCUGGAGGAAGCCGAGUUCUUGUUGCGCCGCGUCGUCGAGGGCCGGGAGCGGCAGCUGGGCGAGGGGCAUGGCCUGACGCUGGAGGCCAUCUUUGACUUGGCGGAGCUCUUGGCAACGAAAGGGGAUGAGUUGGAGGCGGAGCGGCUGUACCUCCGAGAGUUGGAUGCUUGGGAGGAGCUUCUGGGUUGUGAGCAUCCCAAGAGCCAGGAGCGUGCAGAGAACUUGGAGCGCGCGAGCCUGAUGAAGGUAAGACGUUUGAAGGUAGGUAUCACACCAAUGAGUCUUACACCACAAUUGGUCUAUCAAAAGGUGAGCCUUCGGGAGUAUUUUCGGAAGCACUACCAGAAGGGUGGUUUGUUCUUGCACCGAGAGUAUCAAGCUGAAGCUGACUGGUGCUGGCUGCAUGAAGGCUUAAAGAUUAAGGCUUCUUUGAUCGACGGGAAGAGAGCCAACACUUGGGGAAAAGGAGUGUAUUGCGUGCAGAAGGCCCCGGAUGAGUGGCCAGAUGUCGAGACAUUGAUCGACAAUCACUAUCGCAGCAUGCUCAAGCGUGAAAUCGACUUGAAAGGCUCUGAGAUGGCGAUUCAGGAGAUCUCUCUUUUUUUUUUGCGUUGGAGGCUCCGCGGCCGCGUGGAAGCACUCACAAAGCGCUUGGGCUGGCGGCAUUUGGAGGCCUUGGCAGCCUGUGGCCGGUUGGGCGAAGUGCUCCACGCCCUUGGCGCCCACGAGGAGGCGGAGCCGCUCUUGCGGCGAGCCAUGGAAGGCUUCGAGGCGCGGCUCGGUGCAGAUCCAAAGACCUUGGCCUCGGUGCGUCUGGGGAAGUCGUUGAAAGCUUCGCCCAACCUCAACUGGAUGUUCCUAGUAGCGAGAAUGCUCCUAGUAGUAAGGCACCUGUUACUACUAGCGUGGCACUUGUUACUAGUAGCUUCUUGUUCCUAG